AUGAAAGAUAAUGACAGGUGUGCUAAGUUCAUGGCAAAUGAUCUUGGGAAAGUACUUAGUUAUGAUGAAAUGAUUUGUAAUAGAAUUCAAGAGAAUGACAAGAAAUUAAAAGACCUUGUUUAUUCUAAUUAUUCUAAAUUUAUUCAAGUCACUGAAACAAUCACGAAAAUUAGACAUAGUGCUGAGUCUUUUGAUAAUGACUUAACUUCUAUAUCAAAGUCUUUAUCUGAACUAACUUCUCGUUAUAAAAAUAUUCAUGCAAACUUGUCUCCACUUAGAGAAGAACUUAUUAGUUUACAUGAAAAACAACAACAAAUUGAACAACAACAAGAAUUUUUAGACCUUCCUGAUAUUUUACGUCAAACUGCAUCAGAAUCUAAAUGGAUUGAAUUUGCUAAUGCUUAUACAUCUAAAAUCGAUGGACUAAAAAAGAAUGCUCAUAUCAAAGCAUUUGCAUCAAUUUUAGCAGAAGUUGAAGGUGCUGUAGCAAGAGCAGAAAAAGCAUUAAACAAUGCUAUUUCUAAAGAAUAUGACACUCCUCAAAAACUUGGACAAUGUUAUGGAGCAUUAGCUCGACUUCAUACCAAUGAAGCAGUUAUGGAAAUUAAUUGUAUUGCUAAAAUGCAAAAAUAUUGUGAAGUAGUUGUUGAUAAUUCUUUUACAAAAAAAGAAAGUAACGUUGCUAGCUUUUCAUCUUUUAUUUCAACUGCAGCAACUGCUUUUGUUAAUGCAGUUCAAUCAUGUUGUGAAGCAUAUAAUACGGCAUUUAAAGAACCAUUUAGUCUUGAUAGUAAAUCGUUUGAUAAUUUUGUUGGAAUUUCUAUCAGUAAUUUUUAUUCAAAAGCUAAUGAUAUUGUUUCACAAGCAUCAUCAUUAGACAAACCAGAAUUAAAAGUGGUUGAGGCAUUAAGAGGAAUAAGUGAUGCUACUGGUAAGAUUAAAAAUUUAAAUCAAUAUGGAGAUUAUAAUAAGUAUAUUGAAAAUACUAUUGAAAAUGCUGCUCGAUUUGGAAUUAAAGAACUUUGUAAAAAGGUUGGAUUAAAAGCAGGAAGUGUAUUUGAUACAAUUAGUGUUGAUAUUGAUCUUUGUGUUUCAAGAGGAUUUGUUGGAUUUAAUGGAUUGGCAGAGAAAAAACAAAAUCAAAUUGAUGAUAUUCAAAAAGAAUUAAAAGAUAGAAUUGAUGCAAUUAAACAAAUUGGUGGUGUUUAUGAAACAACGAUUAUAAAUUCAUUGAAAGAAUAUGGAAGUGAUAUUCUUACUAUAUUCCUUCAAAAAGCAGAGUCUGUUUGUGAAAAUAAACCAUUUGUAUGUGUUGCUAUUGCAGGAUGGAUACUUUCUGCAAAAAUACCAGAAAUUAUUGCAAUUGCAUUAAGAAUUGAUUCAUUAGCACAACAAUAUACUGACCAGUAUAACCAAUUCCCAGAAAAAUUAAUUAAAAAAUUCACUGACCUUAUUUCUGAACAAAUGCAUUCAUCAUUUAUUGAACUAUUUGCAAUGAAUCAUCCUCCAUUAUCACCUUCAUUAUUAGUUCGUUCAGGGUCAUUGAAAGUAUCAUCUCUAAUGAUAGGUGCAUCUAAUAUAUUAAAGGUGUAUUUUCCUGAUAAUACUAAUCCAUUUGAUGAUAACACUCCUAAGAGAGACUCUAGUAAGACAUUUUAUUUUGAUAGUGAUGAAUCUAAAGAUGAUCUUAUUGAAUUAGAAAGAACUUCAAUCAUUGAAGCAAUUGUUGUCAAAACAAUGAAACAACUAAGAAACGAUAUUCCAUUGUAUACUGCCCCACCUCCAGAUGGAUUGACUCUCAAAGAAUUCCAACAAUAUCAUGUUGAUUUAAUGGUUUUCUCUAACACAAUUAAUGAAAUAGUUAAAAUAAAAAGUUCAAAAAUUGAAAAUUAUAUAAAACAAAUCAAUUUACGUCUUGAAAGUUGUUGUUCUGAAGGUGCUAUUACAGCAACAAAUGAAGUUUCAUUAAUUAAAGAAGCAAUGUUAAAAAUAAAUAAUUGA